AUGGCUGCGAUCCUGGAUGACCAGUCAGUGUGUGGGCGUGGGGAGCGGCUGGCUCUGGCCCUGGCCAGGGAGAACAUCAACAGUGUGAUGGAAGGAGGGGCUAGAGCCCGUGUGGAGGUGGACAUAUUCGAACUGCAGAGGGACUCCCAGUAUGAGACCACUGACACCAUGUGCCAGAUUCUACCUAAAGGAGUGGUGUCUGUGAUAGGCCCUGCCAACAGCCCUGCUUCUGGCUCUACUGUCAGUCAUAUAUGUGGAGAGAAGGAGAUCCCACAUGUAAAGAUAGGUCCAGAGGAGACUCCCAGGUUGCCCUACCUGCGUUUUGCCUCGGUCAGUCUGUACCCUAGCAACGAGGACCUGAGCCUGGCCGUGUCAGCCAUCCUACGAUCCUUCAGCUACCCCUCAGCCAGCCUGGUCUGCGCCAAGGCCGAGUGCCUUCUGCGAUUGGAGGAGCUAGUGCGGCGCUUCCUGAUCUCCAGGGAGACCCUGUCAAUCAGGAUGCUGGAUGACAGCCUGGAUCCCACCCCUCUGCUGAAGGAGAUACGAGAUGACAAGGUGGCCACCAUCAUCAUCGACGCCAACGCCUCCAUCUCCUACCUCAUCCUUAAAAAGGCGUCAGAGUUGGGAAUGACAUCAGCGUUUUAUAAGUACAUCCUCACCACCAUGGACUUCCCCCUGCUGAGGCUGGAUGACAUAGUCGAUGACCAGUCCAACAUCAUAGGGUUCUCCAUGUUCAACACCACCCAUCCAUUCUACCUGGAGUUCAUCAGGAGUCUCAACCUGUCCUGGAGGGAGGGCUGUGAUCUCAUCUACCCCGGGCCUGCGUUGUCGUCAGCCUUGAUGUUUGACGCGGUGCACGUUGUGGUGGGGGCGGUGAGGGAGCUCAACAGGAGUCAGGAGAUUGGAGUCAAACCUCUCAGCUGCACCUCUCCUCAGAUCUGGCAACACGGCACCAGCCUCAUGAACUACCUACGCAUGGUGGAGUAUGAUGGUCUGACAGGCCAUGUGGAGUUCAACAGUAAAGGACAGAGAACCAACUACACACUGAGGAUUCUGGAGAAACAGCGCAGGGGUCACAGAGAGAUUGGUAUCUGGUACUCCAACAACACACUGGCUAUGAACGCCACCAGUCUGGACAUCAACGUCUCGGAAACACUGGCCAACAAGACCCUCAUCGUCACCACCAUACUGGAGAGCCCCUAUGUGAUGCGUAAGGGGAACUACCAGGAGUACCAGGGGAAUGACCAGUAUGAGGGCUUCUGUGUGGACAUGUUGAGAGAGCUGGCAGACAUCUUGAAGUGCUCCUUUAGGAUUAAACUGGUGGAUGAUGGGCUGUAUGGAGCGCCUGAACCCAACGGGUCCUGGACCGGCAUGGUGGGAGAGCUCAUCAACAGGAAAGCAGACUUGGCAGUAGCAGGCUUCACCAUCACGUCUGAGAGGGAGAAAGUCAUAGACUUCUCCAAGCCCUUCAUGACGCUAGGAAUCAGCAUCUUGUACAGAGUCCACCUGGGGAGGAAACCGGGGUAUUUCUCCUUCCUGGACCCCUUCUCUCCGGCUGUUUGGCUCUUCAUGCUGCUCGCCUACCUGGCUGUCAGCUGUGUGCUCUUCCUGGCUGCAAGGUUGAGUCCCUAUGAGUGGUACAACCCCCACCCGUGUCUGCAGGGGCACAAGGACAUGCUGGAGAACCAGUACACCCUAGGGAACAGCCUGUGGUUCCCUGUUGGAGGCUUCAUGCAGCAGGGCUCUGAGAUCAUGCCCCGUGCCCUGUCCACACGCUGCGUCUCAGGGGUCUGGUGGAUGUUUACUCUGAUCAUCAUCUCCUCCUACACGGCCAACCUGGCAGCCUUCCUGACCGUCCAGAGGAUGGAGGUGCCCAUCGAGUCUCCUGACGACCUGGCCGACCAGACCAACAUCGAGUAUGGCACUAUCCAUGGGGGGAGCACCAUGACUUUCUUCAUGAACUCGCGCUACCAGACAUACCAGCGCAUGUGGAACUACAUGCACUCCAAGCAGCCCAGUGUGUUUGUGAAGAGCACAGAGGAGGGCAUUGCCCGCGUGGUCAACUCUAAAUAUGCCUUCCUCCUGGAGAGCACCAUGAAUGAGUACUACCGCAAACUCAACUGUAACCUCACCCAGAUAGGUGGUCUGCUGGACACCAAGGGCUACGGCAUCGGCAUGCCACUGGGAUCUCCAUUCAGAGAGGAGAUCACAAUGGCCAUCCUGCACCUGCAGGAGAACAACAGGCUGGAGAUCCUGAAGAGGAGGUGGUGGGAGGGAGGACAGUGCCCUAAAGAGGAGGACCACAGAGCCAAGGGUCUGGGCAUGGAGAACAUUGGGGGUAUCUUCGUGGUGUUGAUCUGUGGCCUCAUCAUUGCUGUGUUCGUGGCCAUCAUGGAGUUUGUGUGGUCGACGCGCUGCUCUUCAGAGACAGACGAGGUGUCUGUCUGUCAGGAGAUGCUCACCGAGUUCCGAAACGCUGUCUCCUGUAAGAAGAGUUCCCGUUCCCGUCGUCGCCGCCCCCUGGGCAACUCUGCGGCCCUCCGCCACCCCACCCGCAUCGCCCUGGGGGCCCAGCGGCCACUCCGCCUCGUACGGGAGAUGCGCCUCAGCAACGGCAAGCUCUACAGCGGCUCGGGACCCCUGACUGGUGGAGCAGGGGGGCCAGGAGGGGGUGUAGGGGCUGGUGUAGGUCCCUCAGACAUGGGCCCCGGGCCUCAGCGACUCCUGGAGGACCCUCUGGGGGCCAACACCACCCCUCCUCACCCGCCCCAGCCGCAGGCCGCCAUGGCGCUCCCUCGCAGCUGCACGCACGUCAGGAUCUGCCACGAGUGCAGGAGGAUCCAGAGCCUGAGGUCAGGGAUGGGGUCCACGAGGAUCCCACCCUCAUCUGCACCCUUGCCCCGCCUGCCCCCUCCUCCUCCCCCCUCCUCCUCCAACACAGACAGCGAGGGGGGAGGUGGGUCCAGCCCCCGGCGGCUCCCCCACAGCACCCCUGCACCCUGCCUACCUAUACCACCCCCACAGAGCAGCAUCGACACAGACCUUCUGGGAAAGCAGGACUAAGACUGACGAUCUAGGAGGGGCUGGAGGGUAUAUCGGGGAAAGUUAACGGUGACUUAACUGAUGUUUUGAGCUGCUCAGUGACACUAUUCUCUGACCCUCUGUACAUUGGCCUCCAGGAGGGAACUACAGGGAGAGGAAGGAGAAAGAGAGAGAGAGAAUUAGAGGGCUCAAAGACGUUGUGAGACGUGUGAUGAAGCAAUGGAAAGGAUAUAUUUGCACAGAUACCAAAAGACACCCAUACAGAAGGAGAGACUUCCUUUGCUCUCCAGCGCGCUGCCCAGCUGUUUCUGAUGUUAGCCCAGUCUGUUCACAGAACCAUGCUCCACUAUGUUCUGGCUUUGUGAUUUACCUGAAGAUGGCUGCUCGGUUCUUAUCUUGACUUACCAGUGGACCAAUCAGGACUGAGCUACACUGGAUAAAGCAGCCAGGUAACGCACAUCAUUUGAUGCCAGACGUACUGGUUUCUCUGUUGGUCUCUCUCUGUUCUCCCCGCUCUCUAUCUCCAUCUCUCUCUCUCUUUCCCUUUCCAUGGUACCACAGACUCUCAUCUAGAGCGUCCAGCUCUUCCUCUCUGGACGGUGACCACUGGAGGAGGAGUCCACAUCGAUCCUGGAGGACCUUUAAUCCAUGUAACAUACAACAACAGAAGACUUUAAAACUGACUCAGAGAAUGAUAUGAUUUUCCAGAUGUUUUUGUUGUUGUCUUUGUCGUUUGGUUACCAUUGUUCUAAGUGGAAGUUACAGAAAAAUAAAGACUAUAUAUGUGACUAAUGUGGUGGAUCACGACACACUAUGAAGAAAGGACUCCCCUGAGGUUUACUGUGUGGAGGAGGUGUUUUGUCCCUCUGUGGACCCCGUAGCUGCUUUUGAAACGACAUUGAAGAAAGCAGAUUUGGCUGGAAAUGAGUUGCAACAAAGUCAGAUAUGCAUAAUAUAAUUGCUGUGUGUGUGUGUGUGUGUGUGUGUGUGUGUGUGUGUGUGUGUAUGUGUGUGUGUGUGUGUGUGUGUGUGUGUGUGUGUGUGUGUGUGUGUGUGUGCGUGCGUGUGUGCAUGUGUGCGCACACAGAGGUCUGUCCUUACAGUAAGUGAGAGAAACAAAUGAUCAUACCAUUUUAGUGUAAGUAUAUGAUAAUCAGAGGCUUUGCGAUGUGAAAUGACUUGUUAUCCUGGAGAAUACUUGCCAAGCCUUUUCUCCUCUUUACCUCUGUUCAUAGCACAGAGAGAGAGGAAGAGGAGAGAGGAAGAGGAGAGAGAUAAAAAGGAGAGAGCAAUGGAGAGAGGAAGAAGAGAGAGAUGAAGAGGAGUGGGAGAAAGAGAACAAAUAGGAACGCAACAGUGAGGAACAGAGUGCUAAAGGAGGACUAUAUCAGAAUGACAAUUCCCUAAUUGAUCUUCUUCCAUCAUGAGAUCUCUCCUGAUCUGGUAAUUCUGGGCAGCAUCUUGCUGGGGGCUUGGCUCUGCUGCCGGGAGGCUGGGACUAAAGCUUCCCUGCUCUACAUCACGUAGAACUGGCUGUUUGCAGCACAGACGCCUGCCAGAGCUACACACAGAGCUCCACACCACCCUGAGCCCUCUCAUUACAGCCUGUGGAGCUUUAGAUCUGGUAAUUAUUCUCCUUUAAUAACUAAUAGCCACACAAUGACUACGGAGGAGACUGAGGUCAUGGUUUAAUGUUAUAAAAGUAUGACUGGGAAUAAUGUUAGGGUUCAAGCCUCUCUGAGGAUUUCUGCUGCCUCUCUCACAUAUACACCACAGAUCAUCUCACACACACACACACACACACACACACACACACACACACACACACACACACACACACACACACACACACACACACACACACACACACACACACACACACACACACACUUAUCUCUGUGUUCUUCUAUUGAACCCACAGUGCAGCAGUGAGCCAGACACACACAGCUGCAUAGGUCACCACAUUGUCUGUGAUCUCCCUCUAGUCUCAACUCAAUGCUGUGAAACCACUGGAUGGCUUUGUUCCAAUACACUUCAUUGGCCACCUUUCCUCAUCUCCUUUCCUACACAACAAUUGAUCUUACAGGGAUAGACAGGUGAAAGGACUGGGCAUCUCUAACCGGUCCUUUCACCUAUCAGUGGUGAAGAAGGAAAGGAGAUAAGUAAAUGAAGACCUUUGAGUAUUGGAACGCACAACAAUGCCAGUGGGAGGGAAGGAGGGGUAGCCAAAGUGAAUCAGAGGGCUGUCUGUGAGGGGAGAGAGUUUACUCAACAACAAAAAACAUUGUUUUUGUUUACUUUUCUGUUCUCUCUGUUAUUUUUUCAUAUUUCUAUACUAGUGCUAAAUGGAUUAUUAAAAGAAUGAAGUUGAAUAUUAUGGAUACAUUUGUA